AUGACUUCGCUUUCGAGAGCAUCGACCCUCACACCAUGCAGUUCACCGGCACCUCCUGGAAUUCCAGUGCAACCAGACCAUUUCUAUGGCACCGAGAACGUGCAGCUACCGCCCUCACCCAACUCCGACGGCAAGACAUACCUGGACCCUGCAGAUGACCCCCUGGCGCAUCGCGGAAUCCCUGUCUUCAAGCCCACAAUGGAGGAAUUCCGGGAUUUCGAAGAAUAUAUGAACAGGGUGGAAUGUUGGGGCAUGAGGAGUGGUAUAGUGAAGAUCAUUCCGCCCAAGGAAUGGACCGACUCCCUACCACCGCUCAAGGAACAGCUGGCCAAUGUCAAGAUCAAGACGCCCAUCGAGCAGCACAUGCUUGGGAGUGGUGGCCUCUUCCGCCAGGAGAACAUGGAGAAGAGGAAGCUGAUGAGCGUUCGGGAGUGGGCAGAGCUUUGCAUCAAGGACGAGUUCAGGGCACCGGGCGUGCACGACGUCGGUCUCUCUUCCCGUGGCGCGAACGUACCAACAACUCGACCCCCCAGAGUUGCCCGACGGACGAAGCAGAAGUCGGAAACUGUGAAGGCAGAAUCGACCGGCCCGGCGUCGAAUGUUAUCACUGUCAAGGAAGAACCGACGGAGGACUGUCACUCACUUUCGGAGGAGCGGACGACCCAAACCAUUGUGACGCCGCCACACAGUGAAGUAGUCCCGCCGUCACCUGCCCCGACGGUCACCGCCAGCAAGGGCAAGAAGACGAAGAAGAAGCAGGCACCACUCGAGAGGGCAAGCCUGGCCGAUCGUGCUGCUCGAGAUCGCGCGUUUCUUGAAGUUUUCGAUCCUCAUCAGGAAUGGCUGCCUCCGAACACCAAAGCGGCGGAUUACACUCCAGAGUUCUGCCAGACACUCGAACGACAUUACUGGAGGAAUUGUGGUUUAGGAAAGCCGGCUUGGUACGGGGCAGAUACACAGGGCUCCCUGUUUACCAACGAAACGAGAUCGUGGAAUGUAGCUCACCUGAAGUCUGCUCUUACGAGACUGUUACCAUCCUCUAGUCAAGGUUUACCUGGAGUCAACACACCUUAUCUCUACUUCGGAAUGUGGAGAGCAACUUUUGCCUGGCACGUCGAAGAUAUGGACCUGUUCAGCAUCAACUACAUUCACUUCGGUGCCCCGAAGUUCUGGUAUGCCGUUCCACAAGGAAGGGCAAAUGCCCUCGAACAAAUUAUGCGAGGCUACUUCCCGAAAGAUACCUCGCAAUGCCCUCAAUUCCUCCGCCAUAAGUCUUUCCUUGCCUCUCCUUCUCUGCUAGCGAAGGAUUCCUGCCGGCCAAACCACAUGGUGCAGCAAGCUGGCGAGUUUGUCAUCACAUACCCGCGGGGUUACCAUGCCGGCUUCAAUUUGGGUUUCAAUUGCGCAGAGAGCGUGAACUUCGCUCUCGAUAGCUGGCUCGAGCUUGGCCGUAAGGCCAAGGCAUGCGAAUGUAUCAGCGAUAGCGUUCGCAUAGACGUAGACGAACUUCUCAAAGAACGAGCCGAGGAACAAAACCUUCCCCCCCCUCUCGUCGAGGAACCACCACCAGCGAAGCCCUCUAAAAGGUCGUCACCAAAGAAGCAAAUUGUCAAGCAGGAGGUCCAGGAGGAGAAUCUACCACCAAUACAACCGUCCAAGGCACCGUCACGGAAACGCAAAUCGGACGCGAGCGAAGAAGGCCCAAAACCGAAGAAGAUUAAGUUCAAGGCGCCGUCCAAAGCUUCUACUUCUGUAGCAGGACCGUCGACUUCAACUGGCCGCUCGACCUCUAAACAUCUACCAAAGGUUUCAGUUACACUUAAACUCGGGCCCCGGCCAGCGGAACCAGAAUCACUCCCCUGUUGUCUGUGCGUGUCAACGAGCGAAGAGGGCCUGCUGCGUGUUCAAGACCCGCCUGUCAAGAAAGAUGCGAUCGAGGGUGCGAGUCACCCUAAAGUGUGGAUGGCCCAUGAACUAUGUGCCAAAAUUGUUCCUGAAACCUGGGUCGACGACCUGCUGCUCCCGCAUGGAGGUAGCGAGCGGGUCGUGUACGGUGUAGAUGCCAUCGUCAGAGAUCGGUGGAACUUGAAAUGCUCUGCUUGCACGAAGAACAGGAUGAAGGGCCACGGCGCGCCUGUGCAGUGCACGAAGGGCAAGUGUCCAAAGGCGUUCCAUGUCAACUGCGCCAAGGAAGGUCACGCUCAGGGCAUUGUCUUCUCCGUCGUACGAGACGUUGAGAAGGAAGUAGUCCUCUACAAUACUCCUCCGCCGACAGCUGCUGCCUGUGCUUCUGCCAACCUGUACGAGAUGCCAGUCGAGUCAGAUCCAAGCACUUUCACAGGAGAUCCAGCGGACUUCUACGCGAUGGCUGUGGACGGCCAAUUGAUAGGCCCCACGGAGCACCACAAUUCUAUGGCCGCCGACGAGACCACCGUUCUCAAGGUCAUCAAGAAACUUGAGGUGCAAAUCCUAUGCACCCAACACAACCCGGCUGUGGCCGCCCAGAAGAGGGCCAGUAAACAAGACAAGAUUCGUCAGGACCUGCUCGCACUGCCCUCGAUGGCGCGAAUCAAGAUUCGCGUCAGCGCUGGAGUGUUCGAGGUGUCCUUGAUUAGGGUCAUUGAGGAGACUGGCUCGGUGGAAGUGUUGUGGGACCGGGGCACGAAGCGGGAGUUCAAGUGGGGAAGUGUGGUCUUUGGAACGACAGAUGGCCCAGUUCAGCAGAAACCAUCCGAUAUACUGGCAUAUGCGGAACAAGAACAGAUUCAUCUCCAACAUCAACAGCAGCACCAGCAGCAAGAACGUCCUCCGAGUGUUCUGCCCGUGAAUACCUUCCCAUCCGUGUCAGCUGCUACGGCACAGCGACACUCAUACAACCAGACCUCUUAUGCUCUAAUCGCACCGGCCCCCUCUUCUUCCGCAAUGCCGCUCAACCGUUCAACGUCAUCCUCCUCAACAACACCGGCCACUCAGCCUGCCACGAACCUGAACCACCAGGCGUAUGGGAACAGAACGGCAUACACCAUUCCGGCUCGCACGGGGUCUUACGAUUACUGGGCCUACGCAUCUGCAGCCGCAGCUGCGCAAUACAACAGUCAGGCGUACGGAUACCCCUACAGCGGGUACUAUGCUAGCGCAGGAAACAGCACGAGCGCUGUAGGAUCCAAGCACUAUAACCCAUAUGCGUAUGCUCAGGCCUACGCCGCCCAUUCAUCAGCGCAUGCUCAAGCCUAUCGCACAGGUGCUGGCGCUGGCCAGCCAUUGAAUUGGCAGCAGCCUUAUCAGGGGCCGCCACAAUUGCAAUCGCAAACUCACCCACAGCAGCAGAUGCAAGGUCUGGCCCAAGCUCAGGGCUCGAGUUUGGGGGUAGCUGCAGUUCGGACGAGUUCUGAGGCCGGUCACGCUUCGGAGAGUUCGCAAGCUCCUCACGAGUCUGGCACGCAAGCGUCGUCUUCAUCUUCGUUUCGGCGUGAUGCAUCUCAGCAGGUGACAACACCCCCUUUCGUGGAUGGAGCAAAGUCGACCCCUCAGUCCACUACACCCUCUGACGAGCAGUCUCAGGGUCGACUGGAGAUGAAUACCGCGACGGAGCCUGCAAGUGCGGGUGCGUCCACCGUGCACUCUCCCAAUACCGUGGUGGCCCUUGGAGCACAAGUGUCCUCGUAUCAAGACCUUGCUACGCUUGCGUCGCUUCCGCCUACCCAGAUCGCUGAUAUUUUGCGAGCCAAUCCCCAGUUGCGGGAGAUGGUAAUGGCGGCGGUUGACCAGGUGAAGAAGACCGAGGCUAACCCUUGA